AUGGCUUCUCAAACGCCCACGGGCGCCUCCCAGAGGCUUCUCACAAUGAAAUUCAUGCAGAGAGCGGUGGCAGCAGCUUCGUCACCAUCGUCGCCGAGCACCCCGACGUCCGACGACGGGCGCGCUUCCAAACGUCGCAAGACCUCUGGCCAGUCGCCGACGGGUACGCCCCAGACACCAAGCUACCUCAUAGAUCACAAGGCUGCGCAAGCUGCAAGGGAAGAGGAAGAAAAGAAACGACAGGAGCAUGCGGCGAGGCAGGCGGAGAAGCUGGGCGACUCGCACUGGGUUCUCGACGCCGCGAAGCUCCCCGGGCCAGACCGGCAGGCUGGCAAGCUCCUCAAUGUGGUGCAGGUCGGGUUCUCACAGAUUGACUCUAGAGGAGGGGUGGAGGACGAGCAGGCCGGCGUGGAAGACAACAUCGGGACAGACGGACCGAGCCUCAAGACAUAUGGCCCCAGAAAGGAGGCCAUCAAGAACGACGCAAGUUUCUAA